GAUCUACGUGGGUGGUCCAGCUGGAUAAAACGAUGCAGCUCAGUAAUUCAUUCAUAAACAAGCCGGCCUGUCAUCAAGUAAACACUCACGCACACAUUCACAUGGCUUUGUAAGUACUAGUAUAAACGCACACGGUGCGUGUGGCAUCCGCGAAUGAAUACACUAUACUUUUAUAGUUAUUCUGCACUUGUCAUGACGAUUUGAUCACAACAGACUCCACACGGUGAAAUAACGUUAGCUGGUUCAAUGGCAAUAUGAAAGCAAGACAAUGCUCCUAAGCGACCACCCACGGACGGAAGGAGACUGCUCGGGGAGGGAGUCGAAGCUGAGGUGGGAGGUGGAUGGGGAGGAGGACGCCAUUGCAGCCGCAGCUGGCCGUGUGUGACUCGGCGGAGGAGAGAGACAUUACCAAAGUGAACAAUGUCGACUGGCUUUCAGGGAUUUCCCUGGCUCGGCUCUCUCUUCUGGGGCUGUGGUGUGGAAACAGAGGAGUAAGAUGGACGUUUUAUCCCCGUCGAGAGUGAAAAUGUGGAGCCGCAGCGCUGAUCCUAAUCAGCAGUCCCCCACCAUUCCUUCACCAGUCCGGUGGCCCAGCUUCUCACCAUGAACACCAGCAGGAACUGUACUACAGUGGGGAAUGGCGAGGGUCUGGCUGCCCUGGAAUCAGUCUCCAUUGUGACCAUCACGCUGCUCGCCUGCCUGGGGAACUUUCUGAUUGUGGCGACCCUUUAUCGCAGGCCUUACCUGCUCACACCCAGCAACAAGUUUGUGUUCAGCCUGACUCUGUCCAACCUGCUGCUGUCUGUGCUGGUGCUGCCGUUCGUAGCUGUGAGCUCAGCAAAGAGAGAGUGGAUGUUUGGGGUGGUGUGGUGCAACUUCACCGCCCUGCUCUAUCUCCUCAUCAGCUCUGCCAGCAUGCUCACCCUCGGAGCUAUUGCUAUCGACAGGUACUACGCCGUGCUCUACCCGAUGAUCUACCCCAUGAAGAUCACAGGCAACCGGGCGGUUGUCGUCAUCGCCUACGUGUGGUUUCACUCGCUGGUAGGCUGCCUGCCUCCUCUGUUCGGCUGGUCCUCCUUUGAGUUCGACUGCUUCAAGUGGACGUGCGUGGCGUCGUGGCACAGAGAGCCGAGCUACACGGCCUUCUGGGUCACCUGGUGCAUCCUCCCACCCUUCUUUGUCAUGCUGGCGUGUUAUGGUGUCAUUUUCCGCGUAGCCCGCAUGAAAGCCCGCAAAGUUCACUGCGGGACUGUUGUUGUGGCCCAGGACGACUCCACUGGAGCCCAGAGGAACGGGCGUAAGAACUCGAGCACCUCGACUUCCUCUAAUGGAAGUCGGCGGAGCCUCGUGUACGCAGGGAGUCAGUGCAAGGCUUUGGUCACCAUCUUAGUGGUGAUUGGCACCUUCCUCAUGACCUGGGGGCCAUACGUUGGGGUGGUGGGCACUGAGGCCUUGUGGGGUCAGGGCAGCGUGUCUCAGUGGGUGGAGACUCUGGUAGCGUGGCUGUCUUUCUGCAGCGCGGUGUGCCACCCACUUAUCUACGGCCUGUGGAAUAAAACGGUGAGGAAGGAGCUGCUGGGGAUGUGCUUUGGAGAUCGGUACUACAGAGAGUCGUUUGCCACGCGCCAAAGGACGUCCCGCCUCUUCAGCAUCUCCAACAGAAUCACAGACUUGGGGAUGUCCCCACACCUGACUGCCAUGCUCGCGGGUGGAGGACAGCUGUUGGCCCCAGGAAGCAGCACAGGAGACACUGGCUUCAGUUUCACUCAGGACUCAUGCACAGAUGUGAUGCUGCUGGAUAACUUCUCCACAGAUGGCUCCUCCCUCGCGCAGCACCACGGGCCUCCGUCCGGGAAAAGGAGGAGCUCAGUCACCUUUGAAGACCAGGUGGAGCAUUCCAAAGCUGAAAACACAUCCUCAGUCCAGAUCCACGCAGAGGUGCACAAAUCUCUCGACAUGUUCGCCUCCUGCUUGGCAAAAGCCAUAGAGAGCGAUGCUAAGCUCACCCUGUUUGGGGAGAGUUCAGCUCUGUCGGCAGGACUCCUCACAGCGAGGGCCGCGCCGAGGCCCAGAUACCUGGAAGGCCAGAGACUGAGGCUGGAGAGUAUUGAUGAAGGGAUCGUUAAGGAUGACAGAGGUGAAGAAGAGCAGGAUGGGGAGGAGAAACCCACCUGAACACAGCAGCUUUCCCACUCUUGACACUGGUACAGAGCUUUGUGGUACCGCUGAUGAAGUCUGCCCUCUUUACAUGUGGAUACUCCUUACUUGAAAUUGUUAGCGAACAGGAAGAGGCACGUUAUUCAUCCUACGACGUUGGACCCAGUGCAUAGCAUCAAAUCUAAUAGGAAGCCUUAACUACUGUAACUUCAUUGGUCUGAUCAUUGUAUUAACUUCUGCUAUAGUAUAUAUUAUGUUAUUGUAUGUUUUUAAGCUUAAUAAGAAAAAUUGCCUCAGUGGGCAAAAUGAAAGAAAAUGACAGCAUCUUUUGACAGAUUAGCUCUUUUCAGGUGGAUUUUCUCUCCUAACACUGCACUCAGUAAAUCUCCACUAGAGGUUUUCCACUCACUGUGGAGAAUUAGACUGUGAGGUACGUGUUUACUCAGCACAGGACAACCUGUACCUUUGUCACUCUUACUGGUACAGGAUGAACUCCAGUAAUUCGGGUUUGCAUGGGAAAGAUUCCCAUGGUUACCACUUUGUGCCAGAUGUCAGAUCAUGUGACCACUUCAGAUGGUUGUGCUUCUGCAAAUCUGUCCCUGCGAGGCAUUAAAAAAAAAAACUUUCCACUGAUAAUAAUAUCUGAGACAUGUGGGUUGAUGGUCAGGUGUGUGCAGGUAAAGAAAGUAAAUGGUAAAUGGCCUGUAUUUGUAUAGCGCUUUACUAGUCCCUAAGGACCCCAAAGCUCUUUACACAUCCA